AUGCGAGAAACCAAAUUGAAAACUAGUAGGUUUCUACUAAAAUCUCCUGUUGAAGAGGAUGAUUUUGAUGAAAUUACGGAAAUAAAAUCCAAUCCAAAAGUCUAUCUCACACAGCUAUAUGGAAAUAUCACUAGCCGGGAGUAUUGCAGGUUUAUGUUUCAACACUAUAUAACAGAUGCUCGGGUCUCUCUAGCAAGGCGAAAACGAUGGGUUUUCGGCAUUUAUCCAUUAGAAACAUCUUAUGAAUUCCCAAAACGAAAGUAUAUAGGGAACGUUGGGAUCUCAAAGAACGCAGUUUCUUCUGAAACAGCUGAUCUAUUUUUUGAGGUAAGCCCUGAUUACUGGGGUCUUGGCGUUGCUACAGAGUGCAUAUCCAAAGCUAUGGAAUUUGCCUUUGAACAAGGGGUAAAAAGAAUUGUGGCAGAUCCCGUGCAUGGAAAUGAAGCAAGCAAAAGAGUUGUUACCAAACUUGGAUUUCAUGAUACUGGCCGCUCUGUUCCUACAUAUACGGGCACCUCGAAGCAUAUCUAUGUAUUCCCAAAGCCAAAAGCGGCAGCAAGAAUUAAAAAUUAA